AUGCCUGGAUUGCUAAUAUCCCGGAAACGUACCAGAAGCGAGGCUUCAGGUAAGCCGAUAGGGGAAAUCAAAUGUGUGGCUGAGAAUCGUGUACAAGCACUUAAACCACCAUUGGGGGAACUGGUACCCAAGGGUGAACUUGGAGCUGGGACACCUCAUGAACCGUACAAUCUGCCUCUGCGGGGUAACCCCAACAAAAGCGGUUGUCACCACUGUCUAGCAGACCAGUGCCACUGCGUCUUCUUCGAACGUCUCUUGGACGCCACAUUCAGACGCUUAGAUAUCAAGCGCAUAACGGAAGUGUCAGGGUCACGUCAUCUAUGUGCCAAGUCCCUGCUACCUACCUUUGUCUCGCGAAUGGUUCGCCUAAUGGAAAUAACGUCCGAAGACACCUUUUACGACCUGGGGUGUGGUAAUGGAUCUAUUUUGUUUCAGGUAGCUUUUUUAACUGGUGCUCGUUGUGUUGGAAUUGAAAUAAGUGAACACAACGCUAAAGUUGCAAAAAAGGCUUGGGAGGUCAUCAGACCGGAACUUGAGGGGUCUUCGGGACGAAGCAUGCCGGAAGUUAACAUAAUUACUUCCGAUAUGACAAAGAUUUUGGCGGAUGAAAGACUUUUUGAGUCAGAAAGGGGUAAAACCGUAAUUCUUCUAUCGAACUUGUUGUUUCCAAAGUCCCUGACUCACUAUCUCUCCGAACGUUUCAGGCGGGUUCCAAGCGGAACGAGGAUACUAUGUUUUGACGAUCUUUAUCCGCAUAGCCGCUCUGUCGCUGCGAUCCGUGACCCAGAGGCGUUCCGGCUUUUCGCCAUGACCGAUUAUCGCUGGCAGGAGUGCAGCGUGGAAUGGUGUACGAGGGAUGGCCCUUUUUUCAUUCACCGACGGAGAUGA